AUAUGGCCGCUGUGGAACCAUAGACAGGAGUUUUUUGGCUUCAUAUUUUCGGCCAGAGAUAACAAAUAUGACGACAAUCAGACCAUUUACUUGUGAAGAUCUAUUUCACUUUGCUAAUGUAAAUUUAGAUCCACUCACUGAAACAUAUGGGAUUCAGUUCUAUCUUCAAUAUUUAUCUCGAUGGCCAGAGUACUUUCAAGUUGCAGAAUCUCCCGAUGGAAGAAUAAUGGGUUAUAUCAUGGGCAAGGCAGAAGGAAGUAUAGAACAGGAACAAUGGCAUGGUCAUGUGACAGCUGUUACAGUUUCUCCCGAGUUCAGGAAACUGGGACUAGCUGCGAAAUUGAUGACCAGUUUAGAGGAAAUAUCUGAAAGGAAAAAGUGUUUCUUUGUGGACUUGUUUGUUCGAGUAUCUAACGAAGUUGCCGUGAAAAUGUAUGGUAAUUUGGGUUACGUUCUUUAUCGUCGAGUUCUGGAUUAUUACUCUGGUGAUCCCGAUGAAGAUGCUUUUGACAUGCGUAAAGCUCUAUCACAGGAUAAAGAGAAGAAGUCUAUGAUACCGUUAAACCAUCCAGUACGUCCAGAGGAUGUCUUAGAAUAACCAUAUGACCAACCAUCAAACAUCAGGAUACCAAAAAACACAAUCUGAUAUAUA